AUGUCUUCUUCGGCGGCGGAAGAUGGUGUUGCAAUCCCGAAUCGCGGCCCGGCCGUGUUCGCCGUCACAACAGCAACUCUGGUUCUGGCUUCAGUCUUUGUCGUCGCCCGCAUGAUAUGCCGGUUCUUUAUAGUCCGACGAGUUAGCUGGGAUGACAGGAUUAUGAUCCUGGCUUGGCUCAUCGCCUUCUUUCUCUCCUUCUCCAUCUGCUAUGGUUCCACGGUUGGCUUGGGGAAACAUGACGAGAAUAUUAGCGAUGCCGACUGGCCGAAACUGCGCCGCUCCGAAUACGUCUUUUCCAUAUUAUACAACCCGGCUCUUAUGGCGACGAAAACAGCUAUUUUGAUAUUUUACUUGCGCUUAGCCAAAAACACCCAAAUAGUGUUGCGGUAUGCCUCGUGGGCAACGCUGGCGGUCGUCAAUGUUGCUGGCCUCGUCCUCACCUUUAUGAACAUAUUCCAGUGCAACCCGGUAUCAGCGGCCUGGAACACAGAGGCAACUGGAUCGACAAAAUGUAUUCCACUGUUGACCGAGUUCAUAUGCGCCGCCCCAGUCAACAUCGUUACCGAUCUAGCCAUCCUCGCUCUUCCCAUUCCAGUACUGACAGGUAUGCGACUGCCCUCACGGCAAAAGACAAUUCUCGUCAUCACCUUCACAUUGGGUAUUUUCGUCACCAUUGUUGAUGUUGUCCGCAUAUACUACCUUCAAAAGGCCAUUUCCGACGUACCCACGAGCUCUACCAGCGACCCCAACUCACGGUUCGGCGGCCGUCAAGACUUUGCGUGGAAUGCAUCAUUGUCAUUCAUGUGGAGCGCCGUAGAGGUUAAUGUUGGUAUGACUUGCGCGUGUAUUCCGACUCUGAAACCUCUCGUCCUCAAACUAUUACCCGCCAUGCUGUACGAUCCACACGGAACAAGAACUCGCACACUCAAGUCUCAGAGUGACGCCGAUGCUCCACCGUCCAGAAAUCUUGUCAGUGCCACCCGCGAGCCUAUGCCCGUGGCUACUCCGGACUCGAGCAAUGGCAGUAGUAGUGGAGGAACAAAGUCCAACUCAAGUAAUGAAGAUCCUAUAAGCGCCAUGGAGUUUCUUACAACACCGGAUAUGAGAACCCUUGGCGACAGCACGCACCCGGAACUGAUGGCAACGCGCGCACAGACAAACGCCACAGUUUCGACGUCGUCAGUCGAAAAUGGCAUCUAUUUUGGCUUUGUCAAUAUGACCAAGCCAAAGAGUAUGCUCCGCGCCAACGCCACCGAAUCUUUCAAAUAUUGCACCAUUGUCGCAAUCCUUUUUUUCUUAUGGGGGUUGUCCUAUGGCCUCCUUAACACGCUCAAUAAUGCCAUUGCAGUUGUCAACCACAUGUCAACCGCACAGACUCUCGGGCUGACCAGCGCAUAUUUUGGCGUUGGCUACUUUUUCGGCCCAUUGCUCGUGGGGGAAUGGAUCUUGCGGAGAGAUGAGCACAAUCGGUCAAGACGCCACGAAAAGAAUGAAGCUGAACAUGUGGGUGGCUACAAGGUCACAUUUAUUGUUGGCCUAUGCAUUUACGGCAUCGGCACCAUCAUAUUUUGGCCAUCGGCCGUGACCAAUUCGUAUGGUGGGUUUAUGCUGAGUAGCGUUGUGGUUGGAUUCGGCCUUUCCGUGUUGGAAGUGGCUGCGAAUUCAUUCAUGAUACUCUGCGGACCACCUGAGUACGGCGAAACCAGAUUGUUGUUGGCGCAAGCCGUGCAGGGCGUUGGUAGUGUCGUCAGCGGGUUGCUUGCUCAGAAGGUCUUCUUCUCCGGCAUUAGCCAGGACAGCAUGGCCAGAUCAAACAGUAUGACGCUCAUAAACGUGCAGUGGACGUAUUUGGGUAUCACUCUGCUGUGUGUUGUGCUGGGCUUAUUUUUCUUUUACAUGCCUCUGCCGGAAGUCAGCGACAGCGAGCUCGAGUUUGCUGCAGACAAACUUCCAAUCGAUACAACCAAGCGCAGCAUUGCAGGCUUACAACUGCGAACCGUCAGUCUUGUACUGGCCGUCUUUGCCCAGUACAUGUACGUUGCUGGCCAAGAAAGUAACAGCAUCUAUUUUCGCAGCCUUCUCGUUUCUAUUCUUCCGAAUGCCCCAACCGGUGCAGACGCAGCCUCCGGCACGACCAAGUCUGGGUCCACGUACGACCCUGACAAACCGCCUGGCAUUGCAAUCUCUAUUCCCGACUACCUACUCGUGGGGCAUACUGCGUUCGCCGUGUCCAGGUUCCUCGCUGGCUGCCUGACGUACUUUGCAGUUUCCAAUCGUCAUCUCCCGCGGCCUCGCACGAUUCUCACUGCCUGCAUUAGCUUGUGUUUUCUCUUCGCCUUGCUCCCGGUUGUGCUCCAUCCACCCAACCCCGACUUCCUGGUUAUACCUGUUGUGCUAUUCUAUUUCUCCGAAGGGCCUAUCUGGCCGCUUCUGUUUGCCAUUGGCCUACGCGGUCAAGGACGUCGAACAAAGCGAGCAGCAGCAUUCAUCACCAUGGGCGGUUCUGGGCCGGCAUUCUUCCCUUUUGUCAUGUACGCGAUCAUUGAACAAGGCGGGAGCGUUCAGACGGCAUACAUUGUCAUCAUAGCACUACAAAUUUCUAUGAUUGUGUACCCCAUAUUUCUUCACUGUUCCCACAGCGCGAGCCUGUUGGUUGAUCCUAACCCGGAUGUCCGAGCAGCACUGGAGCAAGAGGGCGAUGAAAGGUUAACCGACCAGGUUGUGAAUAGCAGACGAAAUCAGAAGAGCGGGCUCUUUGGAGGCCUUUUCAGCAGUGUCAAGGGAUAUGGGAGGCGAAAAUCGUCCCAACCACAAUUUCAGCAUAACGAAGGCGUUGCAUCAUGA